AUGUCUUCCAAUAUUAGGGCAGAGAAGAAGCAAUCGCCGUCGUCGUCUCCGAUUACGUCACUUCCGGAGGACGUCGUGGUUGACAUCUUGGCGCGUGUACCGAGACGUGACUAUCCAAGAGUGUCCCUCGUUUCAAAGUACUUCAGGUCACUCGUGUCGUCGCCUGAGAUAUACGCAAGACGAUCUUCGCUGGGCUGCACUGAACAUUGUCUCUAUGUUGUCCUCUAUGAAAAGGACAACGACGACAACAUGUAUAAACGUUUGUAUAUGCUCCGCCAGAAAGAGAAAGACAAGGGGUUUAGACCAAAAAAGAAAAGAAAAAGAAAGAAAGACAAGGGCUUGGUCCUAAUCCCUGGGCUUCCUGCUAUGCCUCGUUAUGAAAGCGUUGCAGCUGUGGGUUCAAGGAUAUAUGUGUUUGAUGGGAUUAACUCUUACAUCAUCGACUGUACAUCUCACACUGUGCAACAUCUCCCGAGGAUGCCUGUGCCCUUGUCUUAUACAGUCGCUGGCGUUAUUGGCGGGAGAGUCUACGUCUUUGGAUAUCGCGGUAAGUCAAAGGCGAUGUUGGUGUUCAACACAGAAACACAAACGUGGGAGGAUGGGAUGACUAAGCCAGUGAGGAAGGUAUGUGAUGGUUCCCUGGUGGUGAUGGCUGAUAAGAUGUACAUGACGGAUGGCAUUAAGAGCUUUGUUUACGACCCAAAGGAAAGCAAAUGGGAAACGGACAAGAUGCUGAGUUCGAAGUUCUGGGAGUACGCUUGUGUUGUUGAUGAUGUUUUGUACUACCACCAUUUUUCUGAUAACGAAUUGAUAGCGUAUGAUCCAGAGCACAAGUGUUGGCAAGUGGUGAAAGGUGUGAAAAAGGUGUUGGCUAAGAUGAGACGUGUUGGUUAUUUUUGGGCAAAGGCUGUGAGUUAUGCUGGCAAACUGGUUUUGUUUUUUCGCAAAAAAGGAGUCACUGGGGAGAUUUGUUUUGCGAAGAUUUCGGUGGAAAGACGCGAAGGAGGUCAGAUUUGGGGUAAAGUUGUUCAGUGGUGUGAUCAUGGUCUGAUUGCUGGUGGUUUUUACUUUACGAAAUCUCUAGAUGUUGUGCUUUGA